AGCCUACUUUUUAAUACAAGGCAGAUUCGGGGAGUGGAAGCCCUACUGCGUUCAGAGGAGAGUCGAGCUUGGAAGCAUUCUUUGCCAAAUGCCGCUUAACACUUGGAGAUAAACACACUCUCAGUCUGAUCGAGCGGGCUGGUAUGGCUGAUAUCCACAUGGCUGUGCCACCUGUUCGGGUGGAGGAGCUGCAGUUCCAUCAGACUCUCUCCUCCUCCACCUCCUUGUUCUCCUGUCCGUCCUCACCCUCCUCCGCCUCCUGCGCCUCCUCUUGCCCUUCUUCCUCAUCAUCUUCCUCCUGCUCCUCCUCGCCAGGAUGCUCCCCCCACCACCGCCACCCCCUGGCCUCCAGCCUGUCUAGCCUGGGCCCAAGCAGCGAGAGUGGGUGUAGUUCUGACGCAAUCUCCCUGGAGACGGAGCCUGUGCCAGAUCUCAUCAUCGACCCUACGGUGGCCCAGAGGGCGUGCCAGGAGGUGCUGGAGAAACUCAGAGGUGUGGGGACGCCCAGCCAGGGAGAGGGUGACAAUCAACACAGCCCUCUUCCCACCUCCCCCUGUGGCACAGACAAUGGGUCAGUCCACCUUGAGGUGGUGGACAGAGGGACAAUUCAAGAGGAGGACGAAGCGGGGGUGGUGGGAGGGUGGGAUGAGAAGGAAGAGGUGCCAGCGGAAGAGACAGGUGGCGACUCCUCAGAUUCUCCAUCAGCAAUGAGUGAAAGUGAGAGUGUGUCAUCACUGUCAUCAUCGUUACCAUCGUCACCACUACCACCAGUGUCAGCAUCAUCAUCAUUAUCUACCUCCUCCUCCUCUUCCUCCUCCACAUCUAAGCAGUCCUGGCUACUGCGUCUCUUCGAGUCCAAACUCUUCGACGUCUCCAUGGCCAUCGCGUACCUCUACAAGUCCAAGGAGCCCGGCGUGCAGGCCUACAUCGGCAACCGCCUCUUCAGCUUCCCCGAGUCGGACGUGGACUUCCACCUGCCGCAGCUGCUCAGCAUGUACGUGCACAUGGACGAGGAGCUGGCCGAGGCCAUCCGGCCGUACCUGCUGCAGCGCUGCACCCAGAGCGUGGCCUUCUCGUUGGAGUGCGCCUGGCUGCUGGGCGCCUACUCGUCCGACAUGCACAUCUCCCGGCAGCACCACUCGCGCGGCAACAAGUUCCGCAAGCACAUCCUCUCCAACCUGCUGCAGCAGACGGCGGGCGGCGAGGGCGUCGAUUCAGCCCCCGGAAGCCCGUCUGAGAGGUACCUGUCGCCGGUCAGGGCUCACCGGCACCAGAGGUCCAAAUCGGACGCUGCCGGGCCCGUUGGGGUCAGGGGUGGAAUGAAGAGAAGUGGCAGUAAUCCCAAAGUGGACGGCAGCCUGGAGGAGCCGGUUCGCCUGACCCCCCAGAAGGAGUUCAUCAAGUCGCUGAUGGUGAUUGGGAAGCGGCUCGCCACCCUGCCCACCAAGGAGCAGAAGACGCAGCAGCUCAUCUCGGAGCUGUUGCUGCUUAACCACAAGCUGCCCGCGCGCUUCUGGCUGCCCACGGCCAACUUCCACCAUCACGUGGUGCGCAUCCCGCACACCCAGGCCGUCGUGCUCAACUCCAAAGACAAGGCUCCAUAUCUCAUAAAUGUGGAGGUGCUUGAGUGUGAGAGCUUCGAGACAUCCUUGAUUCCCGUUCGUAUCCCGGAGACACGGGUUCGCAGCACAUGCUCCACGGAGAACCUCCCCGACUGCGGAGUGGCGGCCGAGGGGCGAUCGGGCGUAGGAGUCGUUACCACGGUGUCCAACUACGACAACGACGACGAGGCAUGGGCUGUGGAUGACAUAGGGCAACUACAAGUGGAACUCCCAGAAGUCCACACCAGCAGCUGUGACAACCUGUCCCAGUUCUCUGUGGACAGCAUCACCAGCACAGAGAGCAAGGAGCCUGUGUUCAUCGCCGCCGGAGACAUCCGGCGACGACUGUCUGAGAACCUCGCACACACCCCCACAACGUUCCGGCGGGAUCCGGAAGAUCCGUCAGCCGUGGCACUGAAGGAACCCUGGGAGGAGAAAGUGAGGCGGAUUAGGGAAGGCUCACCAUACGGCGGUCUACCCAACUGGAGGCUGCUGUCGGUCAUUGUGAAGUGUGGAGAUGACCUGAGGCAGGAGCUUCUGGCCUACCAGGUGCUCAGUCAGCUGCAGAGCAUCUGGGAGCAGGAGCGCGUGCCUCUGUGGAUCAAGCCCUAUAAGAUCCUGGUGGUGUCGUGUGACAGCGGCAUGAUCGAGCCGGUGCUGAACGCCGUGUCGCUGCACCAGGUGCGCAAGCAGAGCCAGCUCAGCCUGCUGGACUACUUCCUGCAGGAGCACGGCGGCCCCACCACCGAGGGCUUCCUGACCGCACAGAGGAACUUUGUCCGCAGCUGCGCCGGCUACAGCCUCAUUUGCUACCUGCUCCAGGUGAAAGACAGACACAAUGGGAACAUUCUCCUGGAUUCGGAGGGCCACAUUAUUCACAUCGACUUCGGCUUCAUCCUGUCCAGCUCACCGCGCAACCUGGGCUUCGAGACGUCUGCGUUCAAGCUCACCAGCGAUUUUGUUGACGUGAUGGGGGGACUGGACGGGGACAUGUUCAACUACUACAAGAUGCUGAUGCUGCAGGGUUUGAUCGCCGCACGCAAACACAUGGAGAAGGUGGUGCAGAUCGUGGAGAUUAUGCAGCAAGGUUCCCAGCUGCCGUGUUUCCACGGCUCCAGCACGGUGCGGCAGCUGAAGGAGCGCUUCCACAUGAGCCUGACUGAGGAGCAGCUCCAGGUGCUGGUCGACCAGAUGGUGGACGCGUCCAUGCGCUCCAUCACCACCAAGCUCUAUGACAACUUCCAGUACUUCACCAAUGGCAUCAUGUGAACACACACACACAC